CAUGAGCACGUGGUUGUGUUGGCAUGAUCAAAUCAAAAUAUAUCAUAAAAGAUAUUUUAUUUCAUUAUGGUAAAAAGGAAACUUUAAUUACCAUAUUAAAAUGCAUUAAGCUCAUCUUUAAAAUUAAUGAAACAAAAAUCUUCGGAAAGUGAAAUUCGUAGAUAAUAAAACAUCAUUUGCAGAAGUUUGCUUCGAGCAUUCUUGAUUAAUGUACGUAUCAAACAGCCGACGUUCGCUCUUAUAAGAUUUGAGUAAAAACUAAUGCUAGUUAACACUAUUUUCAAGAUUCCUGACUUUCUGGAAUAGUGUUGCUGGUACUUGGUCUCAGCAAUAAAUACGAGCAAGGGAUAAUAUCACGCACGCCGGUGUUUAAACUCGCGAAAUCAAAAUGCUUCUCUUCUCGCGAAUGAUCAUUCUUUUUAUUGCUGUUUUACCAGUGCAGUCAGGUUCUUGGAAUGACUCGAACACCUUGAUGGCGGACCUUAUGUGUGGUUACAAUCACCGUUUGAGACCUAUUAAUAAUCAGUCUAAACCGAUACGUGUUAACUUUUCAUUCGACUUAAUGACUAUUCAAGAUUUUAAUGAAGUGGAAGGAAAACUAUCAGUUGUUGGAUUUAUGUAUCUUGGUUGGUUUGAUGAAAGACUGAUUUGGGAAUCUUCAAAAUAUGGCGACACAGACUCUCUGAUGAUCCCGCUGACUGAGGUAUGGCAUCCCACAAUAGUUCUUUCGAAUUCCUUUGAUCAAAUUGAUGAUAUAGGAGAUGACUGGAUGACGGUGGAAUACAGACCAGAUGGUAGAGCUUUUUAUGUUCCCGGAGAUGUGUUCGCAGCAUCCUGUUCAGCAGAUGUUACAUUUUAUCCUUUUGACUAUCAGGUUUGUUACAUAUUUUUUGUGUCUUGGGGAUUCACGUCUGGCAAGUUAUCUUUAAAUCUUUGGCCACACACUGUCUUCAAGUCUUAUUUCACCGAGAAUGGAGAGUGGCUUCUUGUAAAGGCGAUCCCACUUCGGUUUCCAGGGGGACAUCAAGACGAGGUGGACGCGGUUGCCAUUGAACUCACUAUCAAAAGACGUUCUACAUUUUUAGUUGUAAAUGUUAUUCUGCCUGUCGUCUUCAUGUCCCUAAUCAAUAUCCUAGUUUUUAUGCUGCCAGCAGAAUCCGGUGAGAGGGUUUCGUACGCUAUCACCGUACUUCUUUCUCUAGCCGUCUUUUUGACCUUGGUAGUGAACAAUCUUCCUAAAACCUCUCAGCCGAUGGCAAUCCUUUGUUACUACCUCAUGUUCACGCUUGUAACAAGCGUCUGCAUGUGUGUUGUAACUAUCUUCAACCUCCGACUCUUCUAUAUGAAAAGCGACAUUGCUGUCCCAGAAUGUUGUAAGCUGAUUGUCAGAGUUAUGUGCACUUGUCGCAGAACAACUUCUAUCACGACCGAAGACAACCGUUUCAAUAAUGAAGGUACAAAUAGCGAUAAGAAUGGAAAUGAACCCAACCCACCGAUAACGCACAGUGAAAAUGUGAGGCAUAUCAGAAAACCAUUUCUAGAUGAACGGAUAAAUAACAAGAAGAAUGAAAAUAACGCGGGAGACAUUUCGUGGCGAGAUGUUAGUGGCGUUUUGGACAGAGUUUUCUUCGUCGCUUUUCUUGCAACCUUAAUCGUUAUAAAUGGAAUAUUUUUAUCGGUUAUGUCGAAAAACAAAAGGCAUGAGUGAUUUCUAGCGUUCAGCUCUGAAAACAAAACAUUUCAAUGUUCUGCUCUUUUAAUUUAUUUCUCAACUGAUUAUAAAAAUGUUAGACCCUUUCAAAUGAUUCUCGAGUUAAAAUAACUUGGCCAACAAGGAACAUCUUUUGCUACUGUCUUGCUUGUUUUAACAAAGCAGUUUCUAACAAACAAAUUAUAAUUUCAAUUUUUUACUGACAAGUAGUUCUUCAUCCGAAUUUCCGAAUUUCAUCAAAAUUCAUAAAGCUUAACGAGUUAAUCAAACUUCAAUAGAACAAUAUGCGCUAGCUAUAUAAUUAUAGUCGGAUUUACUAUAACCCAGAGUUCAGAUGCAUGGGUACAUGGUGGCGUACCUGAACGACAAACCGUGGUCAGUGGGACAAUAAACCACAAUAAGACUUCGUUUAUUUUCAUUCAAAAAUGAUAAUGAAUUUCAUCAUCAGAGAAGCAAUGAACAAUGUGUCGUGUGGACAUUUUACGUCAUAAUUGACAUCUCUGGCUAAGCGUCAACCUUUUUUUAUCGUUAACAAGCUCCAUGAAAGUCCAAGCCAUUGUAAAUUAGACUUCAAACUACACAAAGAUUGAUUAUUUGAUAAAUGCACAAAACUUUGUUUAACGUAAUUAGGCCUAGGCCUAAUUCAAAAUAUAAUGUCUCGGCAGUUAAAAGAUAUGUCCGUCAACGUGUAUAACAAUAUAAUGUGUCGUUGUUGCGCUUUUCUGUCUUUCAAAUAGAACUUUCAGGCAAAAAUUGAUUUCUCUUGUAUUAAAAUUGGUUUUGCGAUAAGAAAAUAACACCAUUGAUUUCAAAUAUUACAAUUUUACUGUUAAGAAAUUAAAAAAUCUUCAAAUAUGUGUUUGUUUCUUUGUUUUGGGUUUAACGCCAUUUUUCAACAGUAUUUCAGUCAUGUAACGGCGGACAGUUAACCUAACCAAUGUUCCUGGAUUCUGUACCAGUACAAACCUGUUCUCCGCAAGUAACUGCCAACUUCCCCAAAUGAAUCAAAUAUGUGUUUGUCAUUGUGUAUAAUAAAUAUGUUGUAAAAUGUUCCGAGUUGUU